AUGAGACUCUGAGAGGGUGGGAAGGUGGUGAGGAGACGUCUGUGGUGAAUCUACAUCCAGCAGGAAUUUACAAAUUUGUUUGUUUUGAAGAAGAGUUUGUUGUCAUGUCUGUCAGCGCAAGCUUGUGAAGAUCAACCACAACAUCGUCCUAAUUCCAGGAGAGGAGCGAGUGAAGCGACGUGAGCUGACCCCGAUAUCAUGGAGAAAUUCAAAGCGGCCAUGGUUCUGGGUGCCGCUGGGGAUGCCCUGGGCUACAGAAAGGGUCGCUGGGAGAGAUGCAUCUCCGGGAAGAAGAUCCAAGAGGAGUUGGCCUCUCUGGGGGGACUGGGGGCCCUGAAACUGGACCCUGAUAACUGGCCCUUGAGUGAUGCGACUCUGAUGCACAUGACCACAGCUGAAGCGCUUGUUACAGAUUACUGGUGUCUUGAGGACCUGUACAGGGAGCUGGUGCGUCUCUACGUUGAAGCCAUGGUGUCUCUCCAGGGCAGAGCUCCGGAUCCGACCACAGUUGAGGGCUGUGUUCACCUCAAACCUCACAACUUCCUGCUCGCCUGGCACACACCGUUUAAUGAAAAAGGGUCAGGCUUCGGGGCAGCAGCCAAGGCCAUGUGUGUGGGUAUGAGAUACUGGCAGCCCGAGAGACUGGACAACCUGGUGGAGGUCAGCAUUGAGAUCGGCAGAAUGACCCACAACCAUCCAACAGGCUUCCUCGGCUCCCUGGCAUCAGCACUGUUUGCAUCCUAUGCCAUCCAGGGGAAACCUGUGGUGACCUGGGGCCGCGAGCUAAUGAAGGUCAUCCCUCGCGCUGAGGAGUACUGCAAGAAGACCAUACGACACAUGUCAGAAUAUCAAGAAAACUGGUUCUACUUUGAGGCCAAGUGGCAGUUUUACCUUGAAGAGAGAGGGAUUGAAAAGGAAGGAGAGAACAAAGCUUCAUUCCCUGAUUUGUAUGAUGCUGAGGAAACAGACAAGAUGUACAAACGCUGGAGCUCAGAGGGCCGUGCAGGCCGCAGAGGUCAUGACUGUCCUAUGAUCGCCUACGAUGCCCUUCUAGCUGCGGGCAGUGACUGGGCUGAGCUGUGUAAACGAGCCAUGUUCCACGGAGGUGAGAGUGAAGCCACAGGCCUGAUCGCUGGCUGUCUCUAUGGUCUCAUGCACGGCCUGAACCAGGUCCCCCAAAGCCUGCACCAGGAUUUGGAUAAAAGAGAGCGCCUGGAGGAGCUGGCUGGAGCGCUUUACAAAGCAGCGUCUACAGAGAAGUGCAUAGACAAGUAAUUAUGCUCUUCACUGGCCUGAACCCUGCUGGCUGCACAGAGGAACUGCACAUGACCCUAAAACUGCCUGCCUUUGUCCUACACUACCCUCAGUCCUUCUUCUAUACACUUAUAAACUGAUUCAGCUUAAUGCCUCAGCUGGCAGCUGCAAACAUACUUCUAUAACUGCAAGUAUUUACCUGAGGCAGCUGUGCUCGUUUUAAGUCCUCUGACAGGCUCAAACUGUUUUCAAAUGUCUGACAACAUCACAAAGAGCUUACAUACUGAGAUAGGAUUUCUCAAAUUUAACAAUCAACAGAGAACUUCCUUCUCUGAAAUCCUCUUUAUAGAACUAACCUGUAUUAACAUGAAGCUCAUUGUGAUGUUGGAAAACAUUAUGCAAACUUAAAAAGAGCUGUUCUGAGUUUAAGACAAAUUUCUCUUCACAGAAAUUGUCGUAUUAUUUAAUCUGGAUUUAUAUUCUAGUGCAUGCAACAUGUUUUGAAAACUGUAAUGAUUUUAACUUGUAUGCAUUAAAUUACU